AUGUCCAAGUCCAAGCCCCCCCAUUUCGUAACCCUUGGGCUGUUCAUCAUCGACGAGUUCUCAUUCGCGGAUGAAAACGGAACACCCACGGGAAGAGUUGUCGCGCCGGAGAUCGGAGGAGGGGGGACCUAUGCGGCUGUGGGGGCCAGGAUUUGGUUGCCUUCCAAUCAGAUUGGUAUGGUGGUCGACCGAGGAACGGAUUUCCCUUCUUCAAUCCAAGAAAAGUUAGACGGAUACGGGCCAGAGAUGUGGAUAUUCCGUGAUCAAGACCAUGGAACGACCAGGGCCCUCAAUUCCUAUCGCGGAGAACACCGCAGUUUCGAAUACUUGACCCCACGAAUUCGGAUCACUCCCAACGAUAUUCAGAGUACAUUGGCAGCCUGCCCACGCACUCUACAUUUCAUAUGCUCGCCAACGCGAGCGGCCGCCAUAAUUUCUGAGGUCCAUCAGGUCGAAGACUGGAAACCUCUGAUGAUAUACGAGCCGAUACCCGAUAGAUGCAUUCCGGCGGAACUGCCCGCUUUACGCGAGGUAUUGCCGUUCGUGUAUGUUUUGAGUCCCAACGCCGAAGAAGCACUGUCGUUAUUAGGUUACGCUUUGCCACCUACUAAAGUAUCCAUAGAACGUGCGGCAGCGGAGUUUCUGUCCUUCGGAGUGGGCAAGUCUGGCCAGGGCGUUGUGAUAAUACGAAGCGGGCCAUUAGGGUGUUUCGCUUUAACUCGGGCCCAUGGAGGGAGAUGGAUCGAGGCCUAUUGGAGCACUGAAGACAGUGAGAAGAUCGUAGAUGUGACUGGUGCUGGUAACAGCUUUCUGGGUGGCCUGGCCGCAGGACUUUACUUCACAUCUGACAUAUACGAAGCCUCCUUGUACGCCACUGUGUCAGCCUCUUUCACGAUCGAACAGGGCGGGCUUCCCGCAAUCACUUCUAAGAAGGGGGAUGUACAAGAAUACCUCUGGAACGGCGAGUUACCUCAACUUCGGUUGGAGAAUUUGAGAGCUCGUAUGUCGCACUAUCAAGAUCGCGUGAGUAACUAG